UUCUCUCCCUGGGUCGCUGACUGGCGGUGACUCGUGGUGCCUGGAUGCGGAAUUACAGUCGAAAAAUGAUGGCGGUAAACAUAAAAACGUCAAGGGAGUGUGCGCGCAGGUGUCGUGUGCAGAGGGCACAGUGAAGGUGAAGUACCUCGGCAGCACCGAUGAUUGGCAUGAAUGCCCUGAGGGCACUGAAAUCCCAGUGACGUUGGAAGAUUUUCAGCAAGACGGAAAGAUCAAGUGCCCGAAGUACGUUGAGGUCUGCACCAUUGCCGCCAACGGCAGCAGUCUUGUAAUUCCGAGUGUGUUGGAGGAUGACAAAGGAGAAGAGCAAGAGGAGCAAGUAGAAGAGUCUGUGGCUGCUCCGGCGUUGCCUCCUGCAGAAGAAACUCAUGCAGAAGCGUCUUCCCCAGGCCAACCUCACACAGAAAUGCCUUCUCCACGGGUGCAAGCGGCAUUGCAGCAGCCUCGAGAGGAAAUUAAAGCACAAGCGUCCACUGCAGAGGAACCCCACGAAGAGGAACCACGUGCAGCAGCGUCCACCGCAGAAGCGUCCAUUGCAGGCAAAACUUCUGAAGCUCCAGUGGCUCAAGCGACCUUGCAGCAGCCUCAACAAGAAAGUAAUGCAGGGCAAAAUGCAACGGUGGUGGAAUCUGCCAACACUGAGCACUUUACCGUGGAUUCGAACUCCCAUGCAGUUGGAGAAACAACGGGUGAUGCUGGCACUGUGCGUGGGAGCGUACUGCCGCCAUCGCUGCUCCUUCUGUUUGGACUGUGGGGGUUUGCGGCUCUGUGA